AUGAGAGUGUUUAUAGUGAUAGCGACACUUUUAGCAGCGGCUAUAGCUAAAGAGCCUAUAACUCUUGAUUACCACAAUGAAAUCGGUAUACCAUUAGCUACAAAAAUCAAACGAGCAGAAGAGGCACAUGAUUUCGAUGGCGCGAGGAUUGUUGGAGGGAGACCAGCAGCACUUGGAGCCUAUCCUUAUCUCGGUGGUCUUCUCGUUCACUUAACUAGCGGACAUACUUCUGCCUGUGGUUCAUCCCUGGUUACUACCAGCAAACUAGUGACAGCAGCUCAUUGUUGGACAACUCCCGCUUCCCAAGCAACUUAUUUCACAGUGGUCCUUGGAUCGAUUCGUCUGUACUCUGGUGGUGUGCGUUUAAAUACGAAUAGAGUGGAAAUUCAUGCAAAUUACGAUUCGUGGAGCUGGAACAAUGAUAUAGCUAUCAUCACAAUUCAGCCAGUUAGUUUAUCAAACAAUAUUCGCUUAAUUGCAUUGGCAUCUGGAAGUAACAGUUAUGCUGGUGUUUGGGCAAAUGCUGCUGGAUUUGGAAGGACCAGUGACUCUCAAACUAAUGUUCCUCAAGAUACAGUCCUUAACCACGUGUCACUUCGUGUGAUGACGAAUGCCGAGUGUAGAAAUCUUUACGGGCCAAUAUUAGUAAUUGAUUCUGUCCUUUGUACGACUGCGCCAAGAGGACAAAAUACAUGCGGUGGGGACUCUGGUGGUCCACUUUCUAUUGGAUCUCCAUCGUCUGCUGUUCUGAUUGGUGUCACAUCGUUUGGAUCAGCGAAUGGCUGCGAAAGCGGUGCACCGAGUGGCUUUUCAAGAAUCACUGCUUUUAACUCAUGGAUCCGUUCUCGUAUUUAAUCAAUAAAGUAUUUAAUUGUCCUUUUGUAAGUUGACGUUACAAAUUUCAAGAACUAUAACAAAAAUAUUACCGAUGUAUAAAAUUAUUGAUAUGAUUAUUCUGUAAAUAUGUAUAAUUAUCAGGGUUGCUAUUUUAUUUUUGAAAUUGUUAAUGCUACCAAUAUUUCUGAAGAAGUUUGUUAAAGUUAUUAUAAGAAGUACUCGAACUCCGAACUUCGAAUCGUCAUUACAUAAUUAUUUUUAACAUUUACCACCGAUUCGGAAAGCAGUAUCUAUGGAGAAGAAU